AUGCAUAUCCCAUUCACCCCUAAUCACGUCCAGCUCGUCUCCGCAUGCUACCCGCCCAAUGCCGCCCUCCUCACCGCAGGCCCUGAAUAUGCACCCAACUCCCAAGAGCUCUCUCGUCUCACAUACUAUGCCGCCAACCGCCCAGAGAAGAUAAACAAACUAGGGAGCGAGCUGGAAAAGCGGGUGAAGCUGGAUGCCAGGAAGGCUGCAGCUGGCAAUACACGGGCACGCGCCUCGCUCCUCAUCACCCUCGCCAUCAUCAAGGCACUCGCGGCAGAAUGUAGAAGAGACAUGGCGUUACUUUCGCCUUCGCUCCUCGCCUCUGUGAAUGCGACGUUGGCAUCCCUAUCCGCGGAUCUCGAGAUUGCGGCGCGUGCCGCCACAGUUUUUACAACGUGGACCACGUACACUGAUGGACUUAUCAUCGGUGUCGACUUGAGGGUCACAGAUGACUAUAUGUCAUGUCUGCGACACUUUGCUACUCUCGGUCACCUCGAGCACAAUGACCACGAGACCCGUAACAGAACAAGACUCAUUGGCCUCGCUGCGCUCGUCGGCGCGGUCAACUCCGAGGCGCUCUACAAGCCCUCAGCACAGUUUCAGCCGCAGGUGUCCAUCAUCAUGCGCGCGCUUCUUAUUCCCCUCCUGCAGGUCGAUGUGUCAGUGCUUAACCACGAGAUCGCUGACAUCAAGGAGCAGCCAAAUUCCCCCAUUCUGGACGAGUUCCGGUCGCGCCCCACGCUGGAACGGCGUGCGGCUUCCAUCCACGUCCACAUUGACGGCGAUCAGGGCCCAACGUCAGCGGACGUCGCUAAUACCGCUCUGCGCGCGACCUCGUCUCUUCUUGGGCACACGCGCGGCAUGCAGGCCUCUCUAGUGGUACAAGCAGCGCUCGACACGCUGGAUGAACGCGGAGGCUGGAAGCAGCUCGAGCAUUGCCAAUGGCUCGCAGAAAAGGCCGCAGAAUGGACGCAAUAUCAAUACCGGUACGGCAUUCCGACGCGUCUUGUGGAAUCCCUUGCCGCAGGUCAGGACGCGCCGGAGCCAUCGCAGAGGCAGUCAACACUCGCUGCGAUGAUCACCGCGGUAUUCACAUCACCGACACCACUAGUCAACCUGUCCACCUCGGACAUUAUUGGCAGUCUCAUCUCCAUCACCAUCCGACGCAUCACCGUCUCCCCAGAAGACUCGCUAUUGCCGGCGCUGGUGGAGUGCGUCUCCUCACUAGGCACUCACGUCUACUAUGCCGACCAGAUACAGGACCUCGCCGAAGACAUCAUCCGCCGCCUGGUCAUGGUCGAGGCAAACGGGCUACCAGGCGUAGGCCGGGCGAAUCGCGCGCAGGCCCGGACACAAGCCGUCCGCUGCCUUCUAGCUGGAUUGCUCGGUCUUAUCCACGCUGCGGACUUGCACGAUGCAGGCAAGGACGCCGAGGACGAUGCCAAGACCGUCGGGACGAGCCCCACCCUUCCACCCCUAACAGAGCGGACGUCGCACGACGGCCAAUCACAGGGGCACACUCGUCCGUCGCGCCGCACUAAGGUCGGUCCGGAGAUUUGGCAAGACACGCUCUCGCUCCUCUGCGAUGGCGACUACGCCGCGCGGGCGGACUAUGCAAUGGCGCUCGUCGCAUACAUCGAGCACGAGAUCCCGAAGUUUGCGGACAAGGCGGACGCGGACGGUGUACGGCGUCCAAGGCCACUCGCGGAGGGACCCACGCAGAAGUCGAACACGUUCAACACGGUGCUUUACGGCGAUGCGACGACGCGCUUCCUCAACGCGCUGCACGCAUGCACAUAUGCGCUCACGACAUCCCCGCGCCUCGGCCUGCGUAGUAGUCCUUCGCCGCCGUCCUCCGAACGCGCGUCUCCGGCGCACACAAAUGGGGACGACGCAAGUGCACGUUCGCGUGCGGGAGACGCGCCGAGCGAGGGCGCCCCUUCGGAGCGCCGAUCGAUGAACUUGCCCUCGCGAUCGCGUCGCGCGUCGCUCGUCUUGCGCAUGCUCAAGGACGCACCUGCGCGCAUGUCUGCUCGCGUCGCGGCGGACCUGUCGGAUAUCGGGAACGUUCUCGCAGUGUUGACUGCGGCUCAUGAGCAGCUGCCCGUACGGAGUCUGCUUACGGGCAUCCCAAUGCUCGUCGCACUCGAAGCUGCGACGAAAGUGGGCGAUGAGUGCGCCGCGACGGCAGCGACUGUGCGUGCGAUCAAGGAGCUUGUCGCGAGGACGUGGCUCGUCGUGGGCAAGGUGUGGGACUGCCCCGCUGUGACCGAAAUUGCAGAGAAGGUCCUGUCGGCCCUCCCACCCUCUGCACCGCUACCGAGCCCGCCGGACUGGCAGUUCGGGUCCCUUCAGCCCCCGCAACAACCUAUACCCUUCCCCUCCGACGCCCAGACGAGCGCGCCCUUGCCUGAAAUCAACAGUGAUGCGAUUCUGGAAGCGCUCUCAACAGCGCAAAAUGCACAGCAAGCUACGGGCCUCAACCAGCAAGAGCUGCUCCGCAGGUUACGCGCCGACUGGUCGCCCGAUAGCGCAUACAAGGAGUCGAUCGAGACGAAGUCCCACCUCUCCGCAGAUGGCCUCUCGCCGCUCAUCAAGGUCGCGCCCGCGCUCAUGCACGCCGACAACAUCUCCAUGCAGAGCCUCGCGCGCUCAGGACGCGGCGUCGGUGUCACCGACCUGCGCGAGGCGCUUGAGGGUCGGAGCAGCAUGUCGAACCCGAACCUCGCCGGGCGCGUGCCGUCCAUCUCCACGCUCGACCACACCUCCUCCGUGUUCCCUGGGACGAAUGGGGGCGGGGACGGGUUCGCGAAGCUUACCCCACAGCGAUCGCGGCCGCAGCAAAGGUCGAGGCCGCGCCCAGGCGAGGUGCGCGACGUGCUGAACAAGCUGGGCAUCGGGAAGCAGAACGGGGGCGGGAACUUGAAGUCGUCGUUCCCGGCGGUGCAGAAGGCGCAGCAGCCCAGGUGA